AUGUAUCCUUCGGAUUUAUCCGACUUCCUGAUGUCUGGUCAGAAAGACUCUCUUCCUUACUACUCGACAUUUGAUGAACAAGAAGCACGCAGCGAUUGCUCCGAGCACUCAACUGAAUCGUCUCCGCGCUCGCCAGACUCAAAGGUCAUCGAUGCGGAGGAAGAAGAAAAUCUCAAGCCAGUUUUUUACAGUUUUCUCACUGUAUUGAUUCUGGCAGUCGUCCUUACCUUUGGACUUUUCGCCUACGCAGGUUGGAUCUGUGGAACGUCGCAAAUUCCUGCCACUGUUUUAUUCUCGCUUUCCCGACGUGAUGGCAUCCCAGCAGGUUCCGACUUACCAGAAAUGGUUACGAACAUGCCGAACAGCGAUUUUGCGAUCAAAGAUUAUGGUGUCCCUGAUGUUGACAUCGAAUCUGCCGACGAACCAUCUUUUGGUGACGAAGACAACGCCCCCGAGGACGAUACUCUAUCUGCCGACGACGAUGAAUUCCCUGAUGAGGACGAUGCCGACCUCGAAAGCAAUAAUGACACUCCAUCGCCACAGGCCAGGGCUUAUGGGAAAGGUCUGCGUGGUGUCGCUGGAUCGGGGAAUGAAGAACCCAUUUAA